UUUUCAACUUAGUACCUGGAGACAGAAUAAUGGACCUUGGAAACCAUUCCUCAGUGACUGAGUUCAUCCUGGCUGGGCUCUCAGAGCAGCCAGAGCUCCAGCUGCCCCUCUUCCUCCUCCUCCUGGGAAUCUACAUGGCCACAGUGGUGGGGAACCUGGGCAUGAUCACACUGAUUGGGCUCAGUGCUCACCUGCACACCCCCAUGUACUAUUUCCUCAGCAGUCUGUCCUUCAUUGAUCUCUGCCAUUCCACUGUCAUUACCCCCAAAAUGCUGGUGAACUUUGUGACAGAGAAGAACAUCAUCUAUUCUGAAUGCAUAACUCAGCUCUAUUUCUUCCUUGUUUUUGCCAUUGCAGAGUGUCACAUGUUGGCUGCAAUGGCAUAUGACCGCUAUGUUGCCAUCUGUAGACCCUUGCUUUACAAUGUCAUCAUGUCUUAUCACCUCUGCUUCUGGCUCAUAAUGGGAGUUUAUAUUUUGGGUAUCAUUGGAUCAACAAUUCAUACAAGCUUUAUGUUGAGACUCUCUUUGUGCAAGACCAAUGUGAUUAACCAUUAUUUCUGUGAUCUCUUUCCACUCUUGGAGCUGUCCUGCUCCAGCACCUACAUCAGUGAAUUACUGGUUCUGAUCCUGAGUGCAUUUAACAUCCUGACUCCCGUCUUAACCAUCUUUGCCUCCUACAUCUUCAUCAUUGCCAGCACCCUCCGCAUUCGCUCCACUGAGGGCAGGUGCAAAGCCUUCCGCACUUGCAGCUCCCACAUCUCCGCUGUUGCUGUCUUCUUUGGAUCUGCAGCAUUCAUGUACCUUCAGCCGUCAUCAGUCAGCUCCAUGGACCAAGGGAAAGUCUCCUCUGUGUUUUAUACUACUGUCGUGCCCAUGCUGAACCCCCUGAUUUACAGCCUGAGAAAUAAGGAUGUCAAAUUUGCCCUGAAGAAAAUUCUGGACAGGAAAUUGUGCUCAUGA